AUGUCUACAUCUAUCGACAAUCUCAAAUCCUUCGAUCCCUUCGCCGACACUGGUGACGACGAAACCCAUACCCCUGACCACAUUCACAUUCGAUGCCAACAGCGUAACGGCCGUAAAACUAUCACCACUGUACAAGGUAUUCCCAAAGAAUAUGACUUUAAGAAGAUUCUAAAGUCUUUGAAAAAAGACUUUGGCUGCAAUGGCCAUAUUAACAAAGACGAGGAACUUGGUGAAAUUCUGCAACUUCAAGGUGACCAACGUCAAAAGGUCACUGACUUUUUGACCCAGCAACUCAACAUUGACAAGAAGAUCAUUCAGGUCCACGGCUUUUAA